CCGCGGUUAACUUCGCGACGAGCGCGCUGUGUGAUUAUUCUAGUCGCAGCAAAUGAUUGUUUCGCGAUAUUUUCUUUAAAAUUCGUCAGCGGAGCGUGUCAGAAAUGUACAACAUUAAGGGUCCGAGCAAAAUCGCCGCGAAGACCGCGAGACGGGGCAUUGCGCAAAACAUCGACAGUUACAGGGACCGCAACAGGAACAAGGUGCGUCACCACGAGAACGCCGAUCUGGACGCGGCCCCGAAGCCCGUUUUCCAGAGGAGGUUCCCACCCAGCGGCGCGAGGCAGGAGAGCGCGUCUCCCCCGCAGCACCCCCAGCACGACGAACUGAUAAAUUUCGUUCACGAAUCUUGGAGCGCGGUCCACGCGGAAUUAGAGCGAAGCUGGCGGUCGAAUUCGGCCGAACCGCCCCGGACCGUAUCCUACUAUGAAGACGAGCCCUGCGCGAUCCUGCAAGAAUUUAAGCCGUUCGACCUCGAAUCGUGGUGGGGCAAACGCCUGUACGCGCACAUCACAAGCUCCGGCCUCGAGUCGCAAUAGUUUUUCCCCUCACACCCUUAAAGUAAAACGUUGUUAUCCUUUAAUUCAUCGUCGUUUUCGUUUGUGAAUUUUUAAACAAUUGUGAUAUGAUUGUGCGGCUGUCCGACGUUGUUUUUUUUUCGCCUGGAAUAGAUUUAUA